CACUCACAGACACACACACACACUCUUACUCACUCAUACACACAGACACACACACACACACUCAUACACACAGACACACACACACACUCACACUCACACAAACAGACACACAGACACACACCUGACAGAUUCCUGUUUAAAAAGCCGUAAAGUUUGUGUUAAAGGAGCUAAAGGACUGAUGUAAACACCGUGUGUAAAGAGUGAAGAGAGAGAGUUGUGUCCAGUUCAGGAGAAAUGUUCAUGAUGAUCUGGAGCUGUGUGCCAUGAGACGCUCCAACUUCUUCAUCCCAGCCAGAGAGGAGGAGAAGCGCUGGACGGAGAGAGAGACGGAGAGAGAGAGACCCGCAGCACUGAGCGGAGAGGAAGUCAGAGACUUCUACCAGAGUCUGUUUGAGGAGGAGGAGGAGAGGAAGGAGGAGAGGAGAGGGAGACGGAGAGGAGGAGGAGGAGGAGGAAGAGCAGGGUGGAGUCAUGGAAAAGGAGGCGGAGCUUGUGGAGGAGGGGUGGAGACUAGAGGAGGUGAGUCAGGGAGUUCGGACACGGCGCCCCCCACAGGCCAUACCGAGGGGUACAGGUUGCUGCGGUGCGCGGAGCAGGGGGACGUGGGCGGGGUGAAGGACGUCCUGAGACGAGGAUGUGAUGUCAACUUCAGAGACCAGUUUAACUGGACCGCUCUGAUGAGCGCCGCCUACUCCGGGAGAACUGACACGGUCCGAGUCCUGCUCCAGAACGGGGCGAAGUGGACACUGGUCACUGACACACAGGGGAGAGACGCUCGUGAUCUGGCCCGUCUCGCUGGUCAUCAUGAUGUCAUCAACAUCUUAGAGCAGUUCAGCAUCACACACAACUCACACACCUCACACACACCUGCUGCUGACCCCACACACAGGUCCUGUCCCAGGUCCUGUCCCACUCAGUGGUGUGAUGUGUGUGAGGUGUGUUACACGGACAGCACACACACACACACCUCGUCCACUCUGCAUCAGUUUAGCCUGAAGCGCCCUCCGUCGCUCCCUCACUACUGUCUUGCUCCCUCCAGCGUAGGGUACAAGGUGAUGCUGCGUUUGGGAUGGGACCCUCACUCCGGCCUCGGCCCGGAACACUCGGGCCGCCUCGACCCGGUCGGCACCGUGCUCAAAUCCGACACGGCCGGCCUCGGGUUCGGCCCCACGCUCAGGUCAAAGGUCACACACUUCAAGGCCAAGGACGUGCGGGCGGUCCACAGGGCGCCUAAAAGACGGGAGGAGAGACGGGAACGAGGGGCAACAGUCAGCGCUAAGGACAGGAAGAAGACAGAGGAGAGACAGAAACAGUGGGAGAGAGACUUCCGCACCUCGUUCAACAUCGACUCAUGACCCCUGGUACUGAUUCUGAUGAAGUUAUGUAACUUUAUCCCCCUCUAGUGGUGUGAGGAAGGACACACUGUUUAAUUCGUCGUGUUUUAUUUAGUUUUCUCUGAAGUUCCUCUGCUGUCACUUCAUUCUGCCUCUCACAAUGAAACACAGAGGGAGGAGUAAACCUCAGUCUAGUGCCCUGGGGAGUGGACACUCACCUACAGAGCUCCCAUUUGGAGACCACCCAGACUCCAGCACAGGGGCGGUCUAGGGAAGGCACAGUGGGCGUGGCCAGCGGGCGUGGCCAGUGGAUGCUUAGAGCAGCUAAGGCUAAUCAUGCUGUUGAUAUUCAAAAUCUCCUGAUUAUUCACUUCUACACUCUUCUACACUCUGUGGAUUAAAAACUGAGUAAAUAAAAAUAAAAUCUAUU